GGCUCGGGAGAGCCCGUGGAGCGCGCGGGAACGAGACCAAUAUAAACUGUGGCGGGAUUUUAGUUUUCAAGUCCUUGUCCAGCGAAUCGCUCUCGGCUGGGAAAUCGGUUCGUUACUCACAUCUCCUCCCUUUGGAACAUGGUGCGGACUAAAGCAGACAGUGUCCCAGGCACCUACAGAAAAGUGGUGGCUUCUCGAGCCCCCAGGAAGGUGCUUGGUUCCUCCACCUCUGCCACUAAUUCUGCGUCGCUUUCGUCAAGGAAAGAGCAUGUCCUUUGCAACCUGAUCGCACAGAUGACGAAAAAGAAUAGAACUUUCUUAUUCAUCUUUGAAUAACAUCUCCUGUUUACUCUGGCAUUGUAGAAUGUAAAUUUGCAUAAAUGUGUUUGUUCCAAUUAGCUUUGUUGAAGAGGCAUUUAAUUUAAAAAAUGAGGCUUAAAUUUAGCUGUUCAAAAGUAGUUAUGAAAUUCGAGAAUUUGUAAGAUUAAUUACGGUUACUUAGCUUAGUAUUCAAUAUAAUGCAGUAUUUGGUUUCUCUUUACCAAAUUAAGCUUCUUUUUCUUGCUAAAAUCAAAUCAUUACAUUGUGUUCUAAUUACAAAUUUGCUGUAUUUAAGAUUUGCUUAGAUCUUUUUACUGCUGCCAUUUUUAUUGGCAUUUGAUUAUUGGAAUGGUGCCAUAUUUUUAUUCCUUUUAUUUGCUUUAAAAAGCAGA